GGACAUACUAGUUGCUCAUGGUGAUAAUAUGGAUAGUUGUACGCAAGAAACAUGAAAUUUUUCUUCUCUUAUCUCCUGUUUGAUCUUUUCUUCCGGAUGCUCUUUUUCCAGGUCUCACUGAAUGGAUCUCUUAUUCGAGAGAGACGAGAGAAAGAGUUGGACGCAAAUCUUGUCUUUUUUUCCAAGGGACAGAAGGAAAAACACGAACACGUUUUUUGAUAGCAUUUCAUGUCUAUCUAACUAUGCUCGGUACAACCUUUUUUGUCUUCGAUAUCGAGACUUGAAUGUCGUCAUAGUCAUGAUCCCGUUUUUUUUUUCAUAGGUGUUUCUCUUUCCUUAUUCGUAACGUAGAUAAACGGUUCCACGAUCGAUUUGAAUCAGCACCCACGACAGAUUUCUAACUUCGAUGUUUCUAAGUCCAAACUAUCUAAUGAAUUCAGGAAGCCUUCCUUUAUCAAUUUCACCUUCCCAUCAUCAAUCUUUACACACAUACUCAUGUAAUAUAUCACUCAUCAAAAAGACGCAAAGGCUUGCAUAGACAUCAUAGGGUACUCCCUAGACGUAGUGUCACAGGAAUUGAUACUUCCCCUGUGCAAAUAAGUAUAAACGAUGAACGCAGAGGACAAGAUGAGCACCCUCCUCGCAUCCUUACCAACCAGCAUCGAUCAGCUGAAUGCUCAGCUGAUCGACGCGCUGGAGCCUUAUGCUAAGGAUAUGGCGGAUUACACGACCUACAGUUUUCCAAUCUAUUUCGGCAUCUUGGCUGCUGCGAGGAUGAUCCGAGUUGGGACAGUAGGAUCAGGGUCGAAAACAGCCUUGGUGUCGCAGGGAGUGCAGUUUGUGCACAACGUACUACUUCUUCUGACCCAUGGAAGCUAUAGCUAAUGAAUGUGACGGUCGUGUCUAGGAGGGACCAUCUUUUUAAUCUUCAUCUUUCCAACAAAUCUGCACAGGUUUUCCUCGCUCUCCAAUCGGCUUAUCUGAUGUACGUCGUAUACUUCCUCUACAUGGACACAGCAAAAAUUGCGGGUCUCGAUCCGGUGUCGGAUUUUAUGGAGAUUAUGGUGUCAGGCAAGAGGUCACAGAGCAAAUUCUUCCGAAUGGCGCUUGUUAGCUUCCUGGCAAGCAAGUUGUACGAGACAUUGGAUACGGUAUCUAUAAUAGAUGGUGGUUCAUCUUAUUCUUUAGGCUAGAAAGUAGUUGUAAUAGUAGAUAGGUACUACUAGUCCUCUGUAUUGCUGUCUAGACCAGGUACCACGUACAGCGACGAGAAUCUAAUUAUCGCUACGACAAAAAGAAGUCACUCCUAAUAACACACCCCUCCAAACAGGUAAUCCUCAUCCUGAACGGAAAGCCACUUCUGAUGCUCCAUGUCUGGCAUCAUGCGACCACCUAUGCCGCGUUCUGCACUGGUCUCUUCACGGGCGCUGGCUUCUGGAUUGGCAUGUUAAAUAGUUUCAUUCACGUCGUCAUGUAUUUGUACUACGCGAAAGUGCCAGGGAUGAAGGUACCAGCAUAUACAAACUUAUAAACCAGCACACUUAUAUCAUACAUAUUUAUAAAGUUAGUCGUCUUAUAUCAUAAAGGUAGUAGUCGACGUGUAACUUGGUCUUGUAGGUUAGGGUUAGCUCUGCUUAGGGUUGUAUUCAGUACUCUAAAUGAAAAGAAUGCAGUCGCGACUAGUAAUAUCGCUAGUUGUGCAUUUUAGAUACAGCAAGGAGCAGCUUCCACCUGUAGACUCAUUUUAGAUUCAGAAAGAACUCACCGUAGAACCAAGAACAGCUCCUACUACUUCCAUCUAUCUCACCACGACUGAAUCCACCACUCACGACACCAGGUCAUCGCCAAGUACAUCACGUCGAUGCAGAUCUUCCAUCUCUUCGGUGGUGCCGUCUGGAACGCACUGACCUACAUGAAUCCGCCAUCUCUCACUCAGGGAGUCCGAUCUAGCCUGCUCCGCAACCCAGAAGAAGCCUGGAGAUUCAGCGCCGAUGUCAAGAGCUGGAGCGCAUUCAACGCGUUUUUGUGUUAUGAUGAAAGUCCUAUAUACAUUCUUACUCCUUCGAAAUACUGAUCUUAGAAAGUCCUGGGUUCAUCUUAUUGUUGUUGAAAGUCAAAAUUUGGCUCUCCUUAGGAGGUACUGCGUCGCAGUCGCUGGAUGGCCUCAUAAGUAGACACGUAUAGCUUGGAGCUAGGCAUUUGUCCAGACCAAUAAAUGCAUCCUCAACGCUUUUAGCCUUUUUUGAAUGGGACCCCAAAUAGAAUUCGCACCAGCACCAGCGACCAAAAGCUCUAAUCUCUCUUCUCCUACUUCUUCCUCUUUUUGGCCUUCUUUAGCAAGAAGUACCACCGAAACGGAAGCAUCUGGACUUUGUUCGCUGCUCCUAAGGGCGUCCAACGAUCCGUCCUCAGCAUUCAGACGGCAGUCUUGCCAAAGGGUGUUUGCGCUUACCUCCAGGAUCAGGGUCUUUUGAUCCGUACCGAGCAAGCACCGGCUGAGAAGACGUUGCUGACGACGGAGGAUAAGGCUGCGGGUAGCAAAAAGAGCAUGUAAGAAGAGUUUCUUACACGAUGAGUGCUCUAGAUUAAGGGGGUAUCUACUUACCAAAAAAGGGGAUGAAACUAAACCUAAAGUAGAAGUACCACUAGGGAGGAGAUACUUGCAGUGUUUUCUGAUGUAGUAUCUUCUAGUAAAAACCAGUAAAUGUACGAACACAAGGCUGGUAACCAGAUUUUUUGUGUCUUUUUCUGCAUUGCAGAAAAGUAUCGUUGAUGCCUGUUUUAUUUUUGCAAGCACUUAGCCUCCUCUCUGAGAGGAGCAUACCGGGCAAAUCAAGAUUGACAAAAAAUUCAUAGAUCGAUAGCCACGAGUUGAUACCAUUUUCGCACACGACAAUGCUAAUUAACAUUGUGAAUUUUGUAUGCUACGACUAUCUUCCGCUUUUGUCAGUCCAACUCUAGUGCAUGGCUGUCUAACGUGGAGGCAAAGUAUCUCUAGCGCUGUCGAUGGUCGUCGUCAGGGAAUAGAAUGAAUAACAUCGCAGUGACCCAUCAUAACCACUGUAUAUUAGAUUUUUGUUUAACUGAUUCCAUGCUCAGUCGUAACUAUUUCCAUAAUCCAUGUUACCAAGCUUAUCUAUUUCAAGUCUUUUUUAUCGUUUCUCAAACAUCCAUAUGUCUUCGCUCAUACUCAAAAUGUGUCUUCAAACAAGCAAGUUCAUUCUUGUCAUCCUAAUAUGUAAUCCACCUAAUUGGUAAAAAAGAGUUUUUUUAGUAGGCGGGAUCGGGAGCCAAGUACGACGAACGACUCAACACCGGUUCGCAUCUAGUCCAACUCAUAGAAUGUAAAUGUAUAUACGGAUUGAAAAGGAGGUCGAAAAGUUCUGAAAUCACGACGUCCUAGAUUGUCGGGAAAUGAAACAUCCUGAUUUCAGACAUGAUCUGUAAACGAAAUUUCUAGUCCGCAGAAGCUUGCUGACGUU